GACGAAGCCGGGUCGACCCGACCACAAACUCUCACCGUCUCUCUGCCGCCGACGAUUCCCAUUAGAUCUCUGUGCGCGUCUCUUCCGUUCGUCUUCAUCUUUGUUCCUGAAGUUCAGCCCUAAACCCAUCUCUCCUUGCAGCGAUUGAAGACCAUUCUUACAGCCGCACGAUUGGUGCGAUCUUUUGGAUAUUUAGUUUGAUCCGAUCAAUCAAUACAAAUUUUGGGCAUUUACGGAUUGCGAUAAGUUCGAGUCGCGUUGGAAAAGCUGUAGCAGAAGAUGGCGUACGAACUGACGGAGCAGCAAAGAAUUGGAUUGGGCCUAAUUGGAUUUGGGAUCUUUUUUACAUUUCUCGGCGUGAUCCUGUUCUUCGACAGAGGGUUACUUGCCCUUGGAAAUAUACUGUGGUUGACAGGGGUAGCCAUUUUACUGGGCUGGUACACCACAUGGAAGCUCUUUACCAGCAGAGAAAACUAUAAGGGCUCUGUCUCGUUUCUUUUGGGACUGUUCUUCCUUUUUGUUCGUUGGCCGAUUGUCGGUAUAAUCUUGGAAAUUUAUGGAUGCUUUGCACUGUUCGGAGGCUUUUGGCCGUCUGUCAAGGCUGUCCUUUAUCAAAUACCAGUCAUUGGAUGGAUUAUACAAUAUCCAGUUCUGAUCUUUAAUCGCCUGACGAGUGGGUAGAGGGUGGAAGGUUCUGUUUGGUGACUGGCUUUAUUGCUUACCAAAUUCGGACUAGGGAUGAAAUGCAUGCAAAGGUUUGGUUUCUUCACGAUGGACAAAACGAAGUUGCAACAGAACAGUGUUUUUCAGUACAACAGGGACUUGGCUGGCGACUUUUUAGGGUUCCCUCUCAUUCGUGUAAUGUAAUGUCAUCUCUGGUACGUUGUACUGUAUAAGUUUAACAAACACGUCUUUCUACUGUGAGUUCUAAUAAAUACUUGCUGACCAAUUUUCUUAAUUUUCAGUCCCUUUCCUCCUACUUGAUAUGUAUGCUGGAAAUUCCUGCUUCGUCUCGACGAACAUGUUAACUAGAGU